CAGACCAUGGCAGCCUUGGUUGCAGCUCCCCCCUCUCCUUUCGCCAGUUACUGUGAGCUCUGGGGCUUGAGUCUCGGUUAAGGGGCCCCGCCCACGCCAGACCUCCCUCCUUCCACCUCCUCGCGCCGUCCCUAUCGCCGCGCUAUCCAUCGCGCAAUCCGAUGGGAAGCAUUAGCAGCGGUAAGUGCACCAUGCGGGGAUUCCAGGUCGAAAUCUCUUGCCAUGUGCGCAAAGACUAGUGCAAUAAUCACGCUGCCGCGGUUGGGAUUGGAGCUUGUGAAGUGCGGUGAGGAAGGGAGGGUUGGUCGCGGUUGCUGCCCGAUUGGAGCGUGAUUGCGGUUGGCGGGAGUGUCGGCGAGUUCGUGGUGAGGAUUUCCUACUUCGGACGCGGACCGGUUGGACUGGCUGGUUUUGAGUGGGUCGUUGCUGUAGAGUGUCCACUCGUUGGUGCGGGGCAGAUGUGAUGGAGAGUGUGAAGGAGGCAAGAGACGGGCGGGGAGAGCGGUAGUCGAAAACUGUGUACCGAUUGUCUGGAAAAGUCUCCUUCUGCCAGGUUUUAUGUGACGGCUUUCGAUACCGACUUUGCAGGCUAAACUGCUCACCCUCUGUGCCUCGAAGUCGCUGCAAUUGGGAAGUGGAAACUCUCGUAAUAAUCUGGACCUGGUGUUGUUGUUUACGGUUGGCUUCGAACAGGUUGAGGAGCGUGCGAAGGGUGUUCUGGAAUUUUUCGAGUCUUAGAAAGCACCUACUUAAAAAGAAAGAACUUAAGUGCACGCAUAACUGAAUAAAUCAAUUUGUCGAGAAUACAAGCAGCCUUGAGAGCUGCAUUAGAGUAUACUCUAAGUAGCUUAAACCAUUUUAGUAUUAUCGUAGAAUAUAUCGCUAGGACGUUUCACUUUCUUCGGGUAGUUCAUCUUAGGGAGCUAUUAGAACCUCACCUAGUUCGGGAAGUAGUUUUUGUGCUUUCAGCUCGAUUCUCGAUCCUUCACUGCAGUACCAACUGCUGCGAAAACCACCCAAUCCGUCGACACUAUUGAACAUGUGUUUUGAAAUAUAGCAUAGUUCUGCUCCAGUAACACUGAACCUUAGAUUAUAUAAGUGUAAUUAAACGUCAGAAAGUGGCCGAGUGAUUCAAACCUGUCAUAGAAUCAGCGCUCUGAAUCACUUCUAUCUGGUAGUGUGAAGAGUACAAUACCUGGAAUAUAGUUGUAGACAGGUAGUGUAAUACACUGACUGAUCUCCGUUGAGGUGUUCCUCUUGUUAUAAAAUUAAAAAAAACUGGAAUCUCACUACAUACAGUAAUAGUAUCUCGAAGGAUCUUGACAGUCCCAUUGCGCGUAGUAUAUUUCUUGUAAACGACAUACCAGCAGUAAUAGUUCGACACUGCUUACUCGAUCAUGGAGAAUCAUCAACAGCUUGCUCAGCAGCAAGCACAACAACAACAGCAGCAAGAUGUGCAGCAGCAGCAGCAGCAACAACAACACCAGCAGCAGACCAUGAACAAUAUGAUGGCCCAGCAGCAACCUCAGAUGCAGUACUCACAGAACAUGGGUAUGCAACAAUCAUACCAAGGCCCUCAGUCGUUAGGGGGAGGCCCGGAAACCUCGCCAUCCCAAGGGGGACAGAUUCAAGGACAGUCUCCAGGGGCUUAUCCGACGGCCUUAGCUCAACAGCAGCAGGCACAGCUUAGUUAUCAGCACCUCCAGCAGCAGCACCAACAGCAGCUGCAGAUGUUCUGGGCUAACCAAAUGAGUGAGAUCGAACAGGUCAACGAUUUCAAGAACCAUCAACUGCCUCUUGCGCGCAUCAAGAAGAUUAUGAAGGCAGACGAAGACGUCCGAAUGAUCUCUGCAGAAGCACCAGUCCUUUUUGCAAAAGCUUGCGAGAUGUUCAUCUUGGAACUCACGCUCCGUUCAUGGAUACACACCGAAGAGAACAAGCGGCGCACUUUGCAGAAGAACGACAUUGCAGCUGCUAUCACUCGCACAGACAUCUUCGACUUCUUGGUGGAUAUCGUCCCGCGUGACGAGCUCAACAAGGAAGACGGUCUUGGCGUCCCUCGAGGUGCCAUGCCGGUUGGUAGCCCUGUGAGUUACGAAGGAGUGUAUUACGUACAGACACCGCAAGGCCCAGUUCCGCAAGCCGCAAUAGGCUCUCCUGCCAUGAUGGGCAACUCGAUGAUGGGCGUGAGGCCAGCCAUGGCUAUGGACCCGACGGCUAUGUACCAACCGCAGCCGCAGUCGCAGCCGCAGCGACCCCCAAUGCAGUACAUGCAGCAGCAAGCUCCGAUGCAGCAGAUGUGGCAACAGCAACCAACUCAAAUGCCACCUAAUCAGCAAGCUGGGAUGCCGCCAAAUAGUUGACGAAUUUGAUUGUGGCGUUUGCAGAACUUGGGAAGGGAGCCUCCUCGAGGUCACGAGGUGAGCUAUCGUCAUCCGUGGAGGCGGUCUUCCUUUGGAUGCUUAUCCUUGAGUUCCUGUAGCUCUCUUUGUCAUUUUUUGCCAAGCUUUAUCACUUCGGACAAAUUUAGACAUGGAGUAAAGUGAAGGAUUGCAAUUUACAUCCCUGAAUCCCGCCAACCCGUUCCAUGGAUAACAUCCGUGUACUGCGGGAUUUGUAUGAACAAAGACUUGCACACGACGAUGUCUAUGAAAUUAGCAGAAGCGGGAAUGACCCUGCAUCAGCUUCUCGUCCCAUAAUUCCCCUGAUAAAAACUCCCGGAGAUAUACACUGGAUGCUCAUUCAAUUAUAGUGAGCUUCUACGCUACUUUGUGACCACACAUGUUCCAACUAUCAAAUAAGCUUACGUAGAAGCAUUGGUGAUCAAGAAAGUAUAGAAUUUUUCUACAGGCGGCUGUUGAAAUGUGUCUGCAACACACCGCGAAUGUUCCCGAAGGCAUUCAAGUCUGAAGAGAGUUGCGAAUGGUCUGCUUUAAGCGAAGGACAUGUCUCACCGUCGUCAUCACCGUGAAGGUGGUUGUCUCAAACGAGACUGUAUGGGCCGAACCUUGGAAGACAGCUGACUCCACGGUCUCAUCACCUUAUCAAGCAUCAAUGUUAGAAUUAAGUACCAUUGAAACACUGAGGCUAUGAUCAAGGACCUGUACGGCAAUGACAGCCUAAGCUCGCAACCUAGCAAUAUUAUAGCCUGUAUUGUAAAAAUUGCCCCCCAGGCCGCUUCUGGAGCCAUGCCUCACACAUAAUGUAGACUCCUGAAGUGCAUAAAUUAGUGCUGUCGGCCAUUACAUGUGAACACAAUAUUAUUGAUUGGAUUUCAGAAUACUCUAGUGUAAAUUAACACA